AUGGCGGCUGCUGCAGGAAGGUUACUCUGGGCAUCGGUUGCUCGCCAAGUGAGCACCAUUCCUCGGGGCAUUUCUGCCUCUGCAGCCCUUACACCUGCUGCUUCUGGAAGUAAGUGCUUGACAAACCCUUUGUGGUCUGGUUCUCAUCAAGCAAAAUGCGCCUUCAGCACCAGUUCUUCUUCUCUGGUUCCUGCUGUCACCCAGCAUGCGCCCUAUUUUAAGGGCACAGCCGUGGUCAAUGGAGAGUUCAAAGAACUGAGCCUUGAUGACUUUAAGGGGAAGUACUUGGUGCUUUUCUUCUACCCUCUGGAUUUCACCUUUGUGUGUCCUACAGAAAUCAUUGCUUUUAGUGACAAAGCCAACAAAUUUCAUGACGUGAACUGUGAAGUCAUUGCCGUUUCGGUGGAUUCCCACUUCAGCCACCUUGCAUGGAUAAAUACACUGAGGAAGAAUGGCGGUUUGGGCCACAUGAACAUCCCAGUCUUGUCAGAUUUAAUGAAACAAAUUUCCCGAGACUAUGGCGUACUGUUAGAAAAUCCUGAUAUUGCACUGAGGGAUCUCUUCGUCAUUGACCCCAAUGGAGUCAUCAAGCACUUGAGUGUCAAUGACCUCCCAGUGGGCAGAAGUGUGGAAGAGACACUCCGCUUGGUGAAGGCAUUCCAGUUUGUGGAGGCCCAUGGAGGAGUCUGCCCGGCAAACUGGACACCUGAUUCUCCGACAAUCAAGCCAAGCCCGAGCGCUUCCAAAGAAUACUUUGAGAAAGUAAACCAGUAG